AUGGCUCCGACUCCCGAGCCCCGGACGCGGCCCGGCGCGGCUCCACGGCCCCGCCUCUGCCCCGGGAAACGCACACCGCACCCCUCCCCAACACUCGGCUCUCGAGCCCCCCAACACCGCGGUUCCGGGGACGGCGGAGAUCGGGAGCGGCGCGGACCCCGGACGUUUCCGCCCCGCAGAGUUGCUCCGCGACGGCCACGACGAACGAACGGACCCUUCGGGGGGGCGGCGAGCAAACACCUGGGCGGGCGCUGCGGCGACGCGGGGGGCCACCGGGAAGCCCGCGAUCGCGCAGCGCAAGAGUCUCCGGGGCCCGGGGCCCGCGUCCGCGCCCCCCACCCACCUGCACCCACUUCACCUCCCGACCCGCCCCCCAUUACCCCAGAGCCGGGACCGCCACCAGCUUCCUUCGCGGCGCGCGGGGCGGGGAGCGGGCGCGACGGUCGCACAGCCACCCCCGCGGCCCCGCGGACUGGCGCCCCGAGCUCCCGCGCCGCUGGCCUUUACCUCACGCGUGACGUCCUCCCGCGGCCGCGGCAGGAAGUUCCCGAGAAGCCGGCCGGGUGCUCCCGCCGCCCGAACAGGUGGUGCUCCCCGGGCCGGCACCGCGGGUCCGCCAGGGACCGGCACUGGCCCCACAGGUCGCUGCGGCUCGCCCGCCCAGAGGGCUUUCGAGGUUUUUCACGCCCCGUCCCGCGUCCCACCCCCGGCGGCGGCCGGGCGCGGGAGCCGCUUCAGGAAAAAAGGAGGAAAAAAGGGUUCAAGUUCGGCGCCACCGCCCCGGGGGCCGAGCCUGCCGCCCCCGCCCCCCGGAGCGUCCAGGGGCCCCAGCUCUCGGCGCCGCCGCGGACCCGCUCAGGGGGCGGGGAGAGCCGCCCGCGCCCCGCGCCGGCUCCUUCCGUCCGGGCCCGCCGCGCCCCCGAAAGUGCCGCCCGGGCGCCGCGCCCGCCCGGCAGGUGCCCCCCGGCCCACCCCUCGCGGCCAGGGUCCGGCCCGCGGCACCUCGGCCCGCCGCGCGCCCCCGGGCCCCGGCGGGCGGCUCCCCCCGACGGGCCCGAGCCCCGCACGGCGCCGACUCCGCGCCACCUGCCUAACGGUUUCUGCGGCCCCGCGGCCCGGCGGGCCGGGGGCGGGGGCGGGGGCGCCGGGCUCACCUCCGGGCCGCGCCGCGCCGCGCUCCGGCCGACCAGGGGCGGCCACCCCGGCGCCUCUUCGCUGCGGGUUCCGGACCCGCGGCGCGCUCCGCCUCGGCGGCAGUUCCCGGGGGUGGUGCCGGGGGGACGUGCAGGGGCGGCGGGGCGGGGCGGCACAGGGAGGGGGCGCCGCCGCGGCCGCCGGGGGCGCGGGCGGUGGGAGGGGGCUCUCCCGGUGGUGACGGCGCCGCCUCAGCCCCGCUCCUCGCUCCCUCUCCGCGGAGCUCGCGCUUUCUGUUUCCCCCGAGGGACCUCGAACGCCGCCGCCGCCGCCAUGCUUGCUCCGGAGCCGGGGGGAGGCGGAGGAGGAGGGGAAGGGGGAGGAGUCGCGGCCGGCGCGCCCCAGUACGGCUGCGCGAGCCCCGCCGACGGCGCCCCGGGCCGCGGCCCCGCACGCCCCCGCCCGCGCCCCGCGGCGACCCGGCCCCGCGGCCCCCGGACCCGGGUGCCCGGCUCGCGCUGCCGGGGCUCGGGCCGCGGCUACUGGGGCUGCUCCGGGGCGAGCCGCUCCCUCUUCCCCGCCCCGCCCCUCCCCUCCGCACCACUACCCACCCCCCCGCGGGGAAACAGAGCCCCCAAAUAA